GCGAAAAUGCCUGCUCCCGUGGUUGCUGUGAACGCCUUGCUGGCUUCGGGACAAUAUAAACCACUUCUCGCAAUUCUGAAAGGGUUCAGAAAUGGCGCAGUCUAUGGAGCCAAGAUCCGCGCCCCACACUCUUUGGUGAUGACUUUCUUGUUCAGAAGUGGCAGUUUGUAUGAGAAAUUUAGGGCAAUCCUUGAAGCCACAUUUACACAUUCCAAGAACCUGGCAAGUUUUGUGUUUGGUUACAAAACAAUUACUACAUUGUUAAGGUGGCUGCAGUCAGAGCAACUUCAGUAUCACUCUUUUAUAGCCGCUUUUGUCACUGGCUACUUUGUGUUUGGAAAAUACAACAAAGUCAAUGAACAGAUCAAUCUGUAUUUGCUGUCUAGGAUAUUAUAUGGACUGGCAAAGCUGGCUGUAAAAAGAAGGUACAUACCAGAACCACAAUUCUCUACUUUCCCUUGGUUUGCUGCCAUUGUUUGGGGAAUAGUCUUGUGGCUGUUUGAAUAUGAAAGAGACACACUGCAAGGCUCUCUAAGAUCAUCCAUGACGUACCUUUAUGAUGACAGUAACGUAUGGCAUGAUAUCACAGACUUUCUUAUAUAUAACAAACCACCAAUUAAAAACUGAUGGAGGGUAAAAUCAUAUAUUUUUCUUUGUUU